AUGGCUAGUAGAUUGCUAGUAGUUUGCUUUUUUGCGAUUCCAUUGAUUUCUGCGCAAAAUUGCCCUUUCUCGUUUAACUACGACAGCUUGCUGAAUGGAUGUCUUUUCGUGUACAGAACAAAUUACACCUAUGAUCAAAUGGAGACAGAUUGCAAGGGAUACGGUGGACAUCUCGUCACCUCGCACAACGCUUUCGAGAACAGUCGACUGACUUCAAUCAUUAGUGAUUAUGGUUUUCCAAGAGUCUUUCUGGGCACUCGCCGAGACGCAAUCAGCGGCAAUUUCUACAAUCUCGAUGGAACGCAAUUUCUCUAUGCAAAUUGGGGAGCUGGUCAACCCCUUGGCGACGAUUGUGCAACGGUGGACUCAAACGAUAACUUCUGGUACACAAUGAGCUGUCAAAAUGAUCGUUUGCCAGCGAUUUGCUUUGUGCAACAAACGGUCACCACUAUGCCUACAGUGCCUCCAAUUGGUAGCACGUGUCCGCCCGGGUGGAGCUACUAUGCGCUCACAAAAUAUUGCUACUAUGUGGGAAACGACGCAACUUUCUAUGACGCUAUGCAGCGCUGCUCGCAAAUGGGCUCUAGUUUGGCUUCGGUGCACAGCUAUCAAGAGAAUAGUUUCAUUGUUGGGUUAACUCUCGGAGUGACCGCAUCGUGUGGAACAGGUGAUUCUUACAAAAACGAUGUUUGGCUUGGUGGCUUGUACAACAACGGCGCGUGGACAUGGCUAGACGGCUCACUGCUCGACUAUGUUCGAUUCUACGGCUCAACUCCACGAACCGGGGCCACAUCGUUAACCGUCGACUCUUCGUGUGGCGAUUUCACGGAUUGGCGCGGUCGUGACCCCACCGAGCUUCUCCAGUACUACAUUUUGGUUGACGUACUGCUCGACGACUCGUCGUGUGGCGAUUUUACGGAUUGGCGCGGUCGUGACUCCACCGAGCUUCUCCAGUACUACAUUUGUAAACGUUACAGUAACUUG